CUGAAACCGCACCUCACACCCUCCGAUCUUAGCGACUGCUAACGAGCUCCUUAGCACCUCCACUCCUAUCAGCCUUAUAGAAAACUUCCAAAAAAAUCAAAAUUUAAUAUUGCAUAAUAAUUAGUGUAGUAACUGUCCCUACCAUAUAUGAUUGUUAUGCUAAUUAUUGGGCAUUGAAAAGUUUUGCACAAAAAUAAAGGUAAAUGUGUCAUAACUCAUGAUUUUAGUGCGACCCCAACCCAAGUUUGGUACCUUCUUUAAAUUUUAAAGUGAAGUAGACCCACCAGUCCAGUUUGGUUGGUUAAUCACGCACCCCACCUCCUCCUUCCUUGGCGUAUCCUCUUUCUUCCUCGUGCAAAUGCAAUCACUACUCACUACCCAUGAAGCUUCUCACCUCUUUCCUCUUUUCAUUGUUUUCCACGAAACUUCCCACAACAGUUAAUCAAACUGAUUUUUGGUAUUUGGGUUUGGAUUUGGGUCUAGCAUACGUCAUCCACAUCUAUUUAACCCACUAUAAAAACGACUCCAUUGAAGGAGGGUAUUUCCUUGAUGCUUCCUGUCCCUGACGUUUCUUCAGUUGAUCUGUUCUACCGGUUUUGAGAAGUAAGAGAUCAGAUCAGAAUUCAGAAAAGCGUCAAGAGCUUGUUUUGAUUUUGGGAGUUGUUUCUGGAAUUUCAUCAAAUGGCUGGUAUGCUGCCUGGAGUCGAAAGCGCUAGGAGGAGGAGAGUACAUGGAGGUGGUGUGUGGUGCGAUUCGUCGUUUGUUGUUAGUUCCGGUUUCGGAUCUGCGAGAUUUAGAGUUUCUCAUGAUACCCAUCUCACACCCACUUCGUUCUUGCAAAGAAGCAUGGUGAAUCAAUCAGACGAAGAUUCGAAGUUAGGAGGAGCAGCCAGAGAAGCCAAAGAAAGGUUGGAUGGAAGGCUCAGAGGCCAUUUGAAUAAAGAAAUUAGAAGGAAAAAGAGUCAAGAAAGACCGAGUAGUGUUGGGAGGAUGUCAACUACUUCAAUGGUGGUGGAAAAUUUGCAAAUUGAGGUUAUUGGAUUGAAAAAGAGUGGAUUAAAGAGGCUUAGUUGGGGAAGAACCGGGUUGAGUUGGAAAUCAUGGAAUCAAGAAGAGUGUGCAAUUUGUUUAGAUCAUUUUAAGGCAAAUGAGAAGGUAAUCCAUUUGCCUUGCACCCAUCGAUUCCAUUCCGAUUGCUUGUUACCAUGGCUAGAAAGCAAUUCACAAUGCCCUUGUUGUAGAACAAUUGUUAUUGGUUCUAAUUGA